GCGUUUCCGGGAGGGAGCGAGCCGGGCGUCCCCUGGGCGCCGCGCUGGGUACCUGGCUGUGCGGGGCGUCGCCCAGCGUUCGGCACCCAGCUCGCGGCGCCCACGUUCGAGCCGGGCGUCCCUGGGCGGCCGCGGAGCCCGAGCCGCGAUCAGAGGAGGAGGAGGGCUGCGGGCCCUGCCCCGGCCCCGCCGCCCCGGCCGCCGCCAUGGUGCAGAUGGAGACGCAGCUGCAGAGCAUUUUCGAGGAGGUCGUGAAAACAGAAAUCAUAGAAGAAGCAUUUCCAGGCAUGUUUAUGGAUACACCAGAAGAUGAAAAAACAAAACUUAUCAGCUGCUUGGGAGCUUUCAGACAGUUUUGGGGUAGCCUUUCUCAGGAGUCCCACGAACAGUGCAUCCAGUGGAUUGUUCGGUUCAUUCAUAGCCAGCAUAGCCCUAAGAGAAUAUCUUUUCUCUAUGACUGCUUAGCAAUGGCAGUGGAAACUGGUCUUCUUCCACCCAGGAUGGUUUGUGAAUCCCUGAUAAAUUCUGACAGUCUUGAAUGGGAAAGAACACAACUUUGGGCAUUGACAUUUAAACUGGUUCGGAAAAUAAUUGGUGGUGUGGAUUACAAGGGUGUACGCGAUCUCUUAAAAGUGAUUUUGGAGAAAAUCUUAACAAUACCGAAUACAGUGAGCUCAGCUGUGGUACAGCAACUUCUAGCAGCAAAAGAGGUUAUAGCUUAUAUUUUGGAACGAAAUGCCUGUUUACUACCAGCCUAUUUUGCAGUUACAGAGAUCAGAAAAUUAUAUCCUGAGGGGAAACUUCCACACUGGUUAUUAGGCAACCUUGUGUCAGACUUUGUGGAUACCUUCAGGCCCACAGCAAGAAUAAACUCCAUUUGUGGGCGCUGUAGUCUCCUGCCAGUGGUAAAUAACUCUGGUGCCAUAUGUAAUUCCUGGAAAUUGGAUCCUACAACUCUUCGCUUUCCUUUGAAAGGCCUUUUACCAUAUGAUAAGGAUCUGUUUGAACCUCAGACUGCUUUAUUGAGAUACGUAUUGGAGCAACCUUAUUCCAGAGACAUGGUCUGCAAUAUGCUAGGUUUAAAUAAGCAGACCUUGAACAUUGCUCAGCACAAACAGCGCUGUCCAGUGCUGGAGGACCAGUUGGUGGAUCUGGUGGUUUAUGCCAUGGAACGUUCAGAGACUGAGGAGAAAUUUGAUGAUGGGGGAACCAGUCAGCUUCUGUGGCAGCACCUCUCAAGCCAGCUCAUUUUUUUUGUACUUUUCCAGUUUGCAAGUUUUCCUCAUAUGGUCUUAUCUCUUCAUCAAAAGUUAGCAGGGCGAGGUCUCAUUAAAGGCAGAGACCAUCUAAUGUGGGUAUUGCUACAGUUCAUUUCUGGAAGUAUUCAGAAAAAUGCAUUAGCUGAUUUUCUCCCUGUUAUGAAGCUCUUUGAUCUUCUUUAUCCAGAAAAAGAGGUGCUAGGCAUGCAAAGACAAAAAUGUAAUGAUCCUGCUCUCAAAGACUCCAUUUUGGAGUGUAUUCCUGUGCCAGAUAUCAACAAACCUCAGUCAACCCAUGCCUUUGCAAUGACAUGUAUUUGGAUACAUCUAAACAGAAAAGCCCAAAAUGACAAUUCCAAACUACAGAUUCCUAUACCUCACUCCCUAAAACUUCACCAUGAGUUCUUGCAACAAAGUCUUCGAAAUAAAAAUUUGCAGAUGAAUGACUAUAAGAUUGCCUUGCUGUGUAACGCAUAUUCUACAAAUUCAGAAUGUUUCACAUUGCCUAUGGGAGUUCUGGUAGAGACUAUUUAUGGCAAUGGAAACAUGAGAAUCUCUCUCCCUGGAAUUAAUUGCAUGGCAUCAGGAUCUAUUACCCCUUUACCAAUGAACCUAUUGGAUUCCCUUACAGUGCAUGCCAAAAUGAGCUUAAUUCACAGUAUUGCUACCAGGGUGAUAAAACUGGCACAUGCAAAAUCCAGUGUGGCAUUGGCCCCAGCCCUAGUGGAAACCUACAGUCGUUUACUGGUUUAUAUGGAAAUAGAAUCCUUGGGCAUUAAAGGAUUUAUUAGUCAACUCUUGCCUACUGUUUUCAAGUCUCAUGCUUGGGGAAUUUUACAUACACUCCUGGAGAUGUUCAGCUACCGUAUGCACCACAUCCAGCCUCAUUACCGAGUUCAACUGCUGAGCCAUCUUCACUCUCUUGCUGCUGUACCCCAAACCAAUCAAAACCAGCUCCAUCUCUGUGCUGAGAGCACUGCUCUAAGACUCAUAACAGCACUUGGCAGCUCUGAAGUACAACCACAGUUUACUCGUUUCCUUAGUGACCCCAAAACUGUGCUUUCAGCAGAGUCUGAAGAACUGAACCGGGCCUUAAUUUUGACCUUAGCCAGAGCAACUCAUGUGACAGAUUUUUUUACAGGCUCUGAUUCAAUUCAGGGAACUUGGUGCAAGGAUAUACUUCAGACUAUCAUGAGCUUUACACCUCACAAUUGGGCUUCUCAUACUCUUAGCUGCUUUCCAGCUCCUCUGCAGGCAUUCUUCAAGCAAAAUAAUGUACCUCAAGAAAGUCGUUUUAACCUGAAAAAGAAUGUGGAGGAGGAAUAUAGAAAGUGGAAAUCUAUGAGCAAUGAAAAUGAUAUCAUUACUCAUUUCUCUAUUCAAGGCUCUCCUCCCCUUUUCCUUUGCCUCCUUUGGAAGAUGCUCUUGGAAACAGAUCACAUUAAUCAAAUUGGCUAUAGAGUACUGGAGAGAAUUGGGGCCAGAGCCUUGGUAGCUCAUGUUAGAACAUUUGCAGACUUCCUGGUAUAUGAGUUCUCCACAUCAGCUGGAGGUCAGCAACUCAACAAAUGCAUUGAGAUCCUCAAUGAUAUGGUAUGGAAAUACAACAUUGUUACACUGGACCGAUUGAUUCUUUGUCUUGCCAUGCGUAGUCAUGAAGGAAAUGAAGCUCAGGUCUGUUAUUUCAUAAUUCAAUUGCUGUUGCUGAAGCCAAAUGAUUUUAGAAAUCGAGUAAAUGAUUUUGUGAAAGAGAACUCUCCAGAGCACUGGCUGCAGAAUGACUGGCAUACCAAGCAUAUGAAUUAUCACAAGAAAUAUCCAGAGAAGCUAUAUUUUGAGGGCCUAGCAGAACAGGUCAAUCCUCCUGUGCAGAUACAACUCCCCUAUCUUCCAAUCUACUUUGGAAAUGUGUGCCUCCGAUUCCUGCCAGUAUUUGAUAUAGUUAUCCACAGAUUUUUGGAAUUGCUGCCGGUAUCCAAAUCACUGGAGACUCUUCUGGAUCACUUGGGAGGCUUAUACAAGUUUCAUGACCGUCCAGUAACUUACUUGUAUAACACUCUGCAUUACUAUGAGAGGCACCUGAGAGACCGCACACCCCUCAAACGGAAGCUUGUCCAUGCUAUCAUUGGCUCACUAAAAGAUAAUCGGCCACAGGGCUGGUGUCUAAGUGAUACAUAUCUCAAAUUUGCCAUGAAUACACGAGAAGAAAACCCUUGGAUCCCAGAUGACUCUUAUUAUUGCAGGCUUAUUGGCAGACUAGUAGAUACUAUGGCUGGCAAAUCUCCUGGUCCAUUUCCAAACUGUGAUUGGAGAUUCAAUGAGUUUCCCAAUCCAGCUGCCCAUGCUCUUCAUGUUACCUGUGUGGAGCUAAUGGCUUUGGCUGUUCCUGGAGAGGAUGUUGGAAACGCCCUUCUAAAUGUUGUCCUGAAGAGUCAGCCUUUAGUACGAAGAGAGAACAUUACUGCAUGGAUGAAUGCAAUAGGAUUGAUCAUCACUGCCUUACCAGAGCCAUAUUGGAUUGUCCUUCAUGUUCGAAUUGUGAAUGUUAUUAACAGCCCAAGCUUCAUCUCUGAGACUGAAUGGGUUGGAUAUCCAUUUCAACUUUUUGACUUUACUGCUUGUCACCAGUCUUAUUCUGAGAUGAGCUGCAGCUACACGUUGGCUUUGGCACAUGCCGUGUGGCAUCAUUCUAGCAUUGGACAACUUUCUCUCAUUCCCAAAUUCCUCACUGAAGCACUCCUUCCCAUAGUAAAGACUGAAUUCCAAUUACUGUAUGUUUACCACCUUGUAGGACCUUUUUUACAAAGAUUUCAGCAAGAGAGAACUCGGUGCAUGAUAGAGAUUGGAGUGGCAUUUUAUGAUAUGCUUCUGAAUGUAGAUCAGUGCAGCACCCACUUACAUUACAUGGAUCCCAUCUGUGAUUUCUUAUAUCAUAUGAAGUAUAUGUUUACUGGUGACAGUGUGAAAGACCAGGUAGAGAAAAUUAUCUGCAAUUUAAGACCAGCUUUAAAACUUAGACUGCGAUUCAUAACACAUAUCAGCAAAAUGGAACCGGCUGCAGUACCUCCACAAACCAUAAACAGUGGGUCCCCAGCACCUCAGCCUACUCAGGUGACAGUCAAUGUGGCUUUGCCAGUAACUCAAUAAAGCCAAUGGCCCCAUGGUGAAAAUUGGAGCACUGAUUACUUUGGAAAUGGCGAGAAAAACCCGGUUGCUCUGAAAACUUUUCUGUUGCAUAGCACCAUACUAGAAGAGAGUAAAACAAAUUCAGAAUCAUAUUAAUUUUUAUUCAUGUGGUAGAUCUACUGGACAUCUAGCAUUACCACAUCCUUAUCUGGACUUACCUCAAGAGAAUAGAGGAAGAAUUGUGUUAUGCUAUCCAGAAUAACUUAUUGGUCGCACUCUGGGAACAUAGUGGUGGUAAUGAUGAGUUGAAUUUAAUUUAUUAGGCUCUUCAAGUCUUCCAUCUAUUAGUUGCUUAUUUUAAUUUUUAUUUUCAGUGUCAUAUUCAAUCUUCAAAACUGGAUUGUCUUAAGGGCACACAACAAUAAAACACUUAGCACAGUGCCUGAAACAUAGUAGGCACUAUAUAAAUUCUUAUUUCCUUCCCCUUAGUCUUCUUCUAAACCAGUUUAAUUGGUAAUUGUAUAAACUCCUUUUCUGGUUAAUUGUAUUUGGUAAGGAAGGGUUAACAGUUUUUUAUUCUUUUUUAAAAAAAAAGAUCAUUGUAAAUUUCCAUUUGUAUAUUCUAUUAUUUCCAAUAAAGAAGAUAAAUUGGCAAUAAUUUUAUCCAUGCACCCAAAGUUAUUAUUCUAUGAGUGACUGGAAGGCACCAAAGAGAAUAAAAUCUAAUCAGUUCAUGGACGUUGCAAACAAAAUCAUGUUUCAAAGAGGCAUAAUCUGUGCUUUUAAGUUUCAAGGUUGACCUGCGCAACUAGAUAAUGGUAUGACUCUACUGCCUAGUCUUAAUUACAUUUUUAUAAUGUUGAAACCUUUAUAUUUGUAUGAUGAAAAUUUUGUUGGAUUUUGUGCUGUAUGCAGUUUAACUUUGACAAGCAAACAAUGGAACCAGUACUUGUAAGAAAUGUAAAAUACUGUUUAAUUAAAGAAAUUUUAUUAGUAUAA